AUGUUGAGAGAAGAGCCCCAGAAGCCUUCCAGCAAGGCUGGACAGAGCGACAAAAAUGGCCAUGAUCUCAACACCAUCCUCAAUGAGGCACAGAGAGCCGAUGUCACGCUAUUGGUUGCAAACUGUUCUGAGGCCAUGCGGUCACUGCUGUUGGAGAACUUUGAUGCGGCUGCUGGUCUCGACAAGAAGCUGCUUGGUUCAGGCCUAACAGAGGAUGAGAAAAUGAUGCACGCCGAUCCGUCCACGGCAGACGUUGAAGCAUAUGAUAAGGAAAGGAAACUUCAGGAGGAAUGCCAGACAGACAUCGAUUCGCACAAGUCGAAGAGGCUGAAGCGAGAUGUCCUCCAGGCGUACGACGAGUGGAGGGAGAAGGUUCUGAUGCGAGUCGGCGAAGUCGUCAACACCAAGUCUACGGUCAGAAAGCAGCUGGAAACCCACUCUGAACCUCAGUCUCCACGGCCCAAGGCUCCUGUAAUUAUCGGCAAGGUUACAGAUGUACCGGAACGCGGGACCAAUUUGAAGUUCAAGGACCUCUUCCCACCCACCAAGACGCCUCUUACAAAGCUUCCAAUGGACAAAAGGACCCUUAUCCUCCACGCAUUACUCUUGCUUUUGAUAUCGCUGGAGCACUAUAACGCGUACUCGCGCACACUCAUGCUCAACCUCACAUCGUCGCUCAAAUUACCCCUGAAGACAUUUGAGCAGGAUGAAUACACAACCGCAAAAGGGCUCCUCGAGUCUGCAAAGGAACUCAACGCUAACGAAGAGACUCAGAAGAAGCAAGAGGCCAACAAGGACAAUCGAAAAUGGAGGGUCGGCCUAGCCACAGCUGCUGGCGCUGCGAUUCUUGGUGUGUCAGGCGGUCUUGCUGCUCCACUUGUUGCCUCUGGUGUAGGCUCAGUUAUGGGAGGCCUUGGCCUCGGGGCAACGGCUGCAGCUGGCUAUCUUGGCUCAGUCGCCGGUAGCACUUUACUCGUCGGUGGUCUCUUCGGCGCUUAUGGUGGACGUAUGACAGGGCAGAUGAUGGACAAGUACGCUAGAGAGGUCGAAGAUUUCGAAUUUCUGCAGGUCCAUAGCGACCAGAAGACUAGCGAGGACCACGACAAAGGCGCCCAAGAAGCUAGUGAGCACGACCACAAGCUCAGACUUACGAUUUGUAUUUCUGGCUGGCUCACAGAGAAGCAGGAAGUCACCAAACCCUGGCGGGUUCUGGGCACUGGUUCGGAAGUGUUCGCUCUCAAAUGGGAGCUGGAAGCACUCCUCAACCUUGGUCACGCCAUGGACGGCAUGGUCCAAUCUGCCGCAUGGGGUUACGCGCAGAAGGAGCUUAUCAAGCGCACUAUCUUUGCGGAGCUCAUGUCAGCGCUCUGGCCAGUCGGACUACUCAAGGUGGCUCGUGUGCUUGACAAUCCUUUCAGCGUGGCCAAAUCGCGUGCAGACAAAGCGGGUGAAGUUCUUGCAGACGCCUUGAUCAACAGGGCUCAAGGCGAGCGCCCAGUCACUUUGGUCGGGUACUCCCUUGGUGCAAGAGUCAUCUACACUUGCCUUAAGACACUAGCCGAGCGCAAAGCCUUCGGCCUCAUCGAGCAUGCGAUCAUGAUCGGAGCCCCCGCUCCUUCGGACAUGACGCACUGGCGUGUGCUCAGAACUGCAGUUUCAGGCAGACUGAUCAACGUGUACUCGGAGAAUGACUAUCUACUGGGCUUCAUGUACAGGACCUCAGCAUUACAAUACGGUGUGGCAGGCCUUGAGCCAAUUCGUGGGCUUGCUGGCGUUGAGAAUGUCAACGUCAGCGAGGAUGUUGACGGCCACACUCGAUAUCGGUUCUUGGUCGGUGCAAUCUUGAAGAAGCUCGGCUUCGACGACAUUGACCAGAACGCAAUUGCAGAGGAACGAGAAGCUCUUGAGAAGAUGCUCAAGGAGGAGAAGAAGAACUCACUGCAAUCUCAGCGUAAUCGGCUGAUGCGGCGGGAGUCCUACAAAGGUAAGCCUGAUGAAGAGAAAGAGGCUGAAGAUGAAGCCUCAGACAUGGAGAAGCAAGUCAAGGACAGAACGCAAAAGAGUAUGAUGGCACGUGUCAUUGAUUGGUGGUACACUCCGAGGAAGCCUGGCAAUACCAAAGAUGCCGAGAAGGUGGCAAGCAGCCUACAGCAGGCUGCCAACAACCCGACUGAUGCGAAAAACGCAGCGUUCGACACGUUCAAGGAUGCUCACGCCGCAACACAGUCUUACACCCAAUAUGUCACCUCGAAGCUACCGUCGAUGCCCGGUGCUUCGUCGAUGAAGGAUACUAAAAUAGCGGAAGGGGCCACUGGUACUACGACCAGCUACGUGAAGGCUGCGCAGGAGUAUCUUCCAAGUAUGCCCUCAUUCGGUGGCAAGAAGCAAACCAGGAAGCCCGAUACUACAUCGGAAAAGGCAGUAGAUACAGCCACGCAAGCUGCCACAGGCAUGCAAAAGGGUGUUACAGGCGCUGCUGGUGCCGCCAAGGAUGUCAUACAGCCAUCUGUAAACAACACGCUCAACCCGGCUGAUAACCCGGUUGUCAAAUCGGCCAAAGAUACUGCAAAAAAGGCACCUAUCAUCCACCAGGCAUCUGAUCGAAUCCCGGGUGCAAACAAAGCUGCCCAGGUCACGUCAGACACUGUCGGGAUAACGGUCCAAAACACCGGACAAACAGUCAGUGGUGCCCUGAACACGACUGCUAGCAAGACAACCGAUGCUGGCACUGCCGGUGCUGGCAGAGCAGUCGAGGCAGGCAAAGGCGCUGCAUCGACUGCUACCAAUGCUGCGUCGACCGGAACUGGCAGUCUGACUGAUGCUGGCAAAUUGGUAACGGGGCAGAACACGGCCUUGAGAGAGACGGACAAAUCCCCAUCUCAGCAAAAGUCCCAGCAGCAGCAAGCUCAGUCCUACUUCUCACGCGCAGCCGGCUACCUCCCUGCCACUUCAUCCUUGCCCUCGAUGCCCUCGUUUGGUGGCAAUAAACGCGGCCCUCCCAAACUCGCGAAGCAGAACUCCGGGACUGGUGGUGCUCAAUCGCCGAAGCCCCAGCCUCAUCGCACACCGCCAGGAGUCAAGUCACCUCCCAAGCUGGACCGCAUGCCUAGUGCUGGCGCCAAAUCGCCACUCCAGCGUACGUCGUCCGGGAUGAAGAGCCCACCGCCAAAGCUUGAGAAGAAAGCUUCGGGAACGCAGUCGCCACGGCCUCUGAAGCUGGAACGCAGCCCAAGCGGCCUCAAGAGCCCGCCGAAGCUGGAGCGCGCGACCAGCGGAUUGAAUAAGGAAGUGACGAACGCUCCGCAGAAAGCAGGCGAAGGGGCAGACGCCGUGAGGAAACAGGCGGGCGACGGUGCAGAGGCUGCGAAGAAACAGGCCGGAAGCUGGACUGACACGGCCACGGGCGCCGUCGGUGGCGUCACUUCUAGGCUUCCUGUGUUUGGUGAUGGGAAGUGA